CCGAAAUAUGAUGCAGAUAAAAGGGAACAAUGCAUUAAAAUGAAAGUGUCCUGGAAAGAGGCACAACUUUAUGGGUCUUAUUUCAAGGAAUCUAUAUAGUCUUAUUGGUUGGAGGACAUGUUGGGAAUGGCAGUAUCUGGCUUGAAUUCAACCCUUAACAAACACAUAAAAGAAAUGCAAAAAGAACAAGAUUUUUUCUUUUCUUUCUUUUAUUAUUAUUAUUAUUAUUUUUUUUUUUGGCUCUAUUUAUUUCACAAUAAAUGUUUGAACAUGCCUUAUGAGUCUUGCAAAUUAAUAAAUUACUGUUCCUCUGUCAUUUGUCUUGAAAACCAGAAAACUACAAAUAUGAAAUCUAAGUAAAUUUGUGUUUGUCAAUAUUAUUUCAGGUUUAGACUAAGAUAUUAUUGUUUUAAUUAUAUAAUGGCAAACAGUGACAGUUAAGGUUAAUGAACUAUGGAUAGCACAUGAAGAACAUUAAAAAUAAAUAAGUGAUUAAAAAAAUGUUUUUUUUUGUUUUUUUUUAACUAUCCUAACUAUGUAUACAGUACACAGUAAUUCUUCCCUGGAUCAGUUGUGUAAAUAUAGUGUUUGAAGGGUGAUGGUGAGAAAUCUUUCACUACAACAGAAUCACCCAAAUUCAGAGAAAUGGCCUUCUCUGAAUCUCUAACCUUUCUAGAAUUUGAAAUGUGGUUUGCCAUAUGUCAGUUUGUCAAAUUUUAGUAUUAGCAAUUACAUACCAGAGCCACUGUAAACAAAAAUGGUAAUUUCCAGAAGUAAUAUAAUAAAUCAAUUUACUCAAAUCAUGAAAUAAUUAUUUUACUAAAAAAAACAUCAAGAAAAAAAUUAAGUGAAAUAGGAAUAAUAUGUUGUACUGACAAAAGCUUAUUAGUAUAGUUCACUUACACAAGAGAUCUAGUCAAUACAAAUAACUGUAGAGAGUACUUGAUAAUUUACUUUGAAUAAAAUGUAAUGUUUACUAUUGUUGUGUAUUUCAUGCUGAAUGAAGUGUGUGACUCAAGCAUGAUCAAUUGCAAGAUGUUAAAAAUUUUCCAAGGUGUUCAUCACAUCAGUGUUAACAACAAAUUUCUUGUUGCAUCAAUAGGAGGAAGUACAAAGUGCCCAAUCAAAUGAACACUGAUCAUCAUAAUGCUGUAUUGACAAUUCAACAUUCAAGAUGACUUUGAGAAAAGGCUGAAUGAGAAAGAUAACUGCAGAAAUGGAGGACAUUACUGAAAAGUCUAUUAAGAAUCAGCCCGCCAGAGGGAAAAAACGUCGGAGAGCAAGCAUGGAUAAACCGCCUGUUAUGUCAGAUGUGAAUAUUAUGCUGUUGGGCUCGACUGGAUCAGGAAAGAGUGCGUCAGGAAACACCAUCAUAGGUGGAGUUAAAAAACCAUUUAAAGAAGAUUUUUCUCCUGAGGCUGUGACCAAGUUCUGUGAAUCAGCACAAACAGAGGUGAAUGAUCAAACAAUCACAGUGAUUGACACUGUAGGACUCUCUGAUACAUCGGUGAAGAUCACAGAUGCUCAAACUGAAAUAGAGAAGAUAUUACAGGAUAUAAAUCUUGAUGUGUUUCUGCUGGUGAUCAAACUGGGUGACACAUUCACAAAGGCCAAAAGAGAAGCUGUGCAAUGGAUCCAGGAGAAUUUUGGAGCAAAGGUCUUAAAACACACAAUAAUGCUCUUUACUCAUGGAGACCAGUUACAUGUGUCAAUAGAGGAAUACCUGAGUAAAUGUGAAGCACUGCGGUCUGUAGCUGAUCAGUGUUCAGGACAUUAUCACGUUUUUAACAACAAAGACAAAGAUCGAUCUCAAGUCACUGAGCUUCUGGAAAAGAUAAAAACACUGAGAGAGAAAAAUGGAUACAGGAGAUACACUGAGCAGGACUAUAAGGAGACUCAGAAAGAGCUUCCGAGUAAGUGCAAUGUUGCUGAAGCAGCAGCAGGAGGGUUAGGAGCGGCAGGAGCAGCAGUAGCGGGAGGGUUAGGAGGGUUAGGAGCAGCAGGAGUAGCAGCAGUAGAGGGAGGAUUAGGAGCAGCGGCAGCAGUAGGAGUAGCAGCUGGCGCUGGAGUGUAUUUUUUAAGAAAAUAUAACCUUAGAAAAAAACAUAAAAGUGAGUAAAAGUCCCAUCAUUACACAGCAAAACCCCCAGUGUUAAAUUAACACCCUCACGCCCAAGGCUUAAGCUAGUCCCAGACUUAAAUAAAUGUUUGAGUUGUUUUAACUGGAAGCAACUUUUACUAACAUAUAUUAAAAUAGCCUAUGUCAGUGCCAGUGUUUUGUCUCCAGAUGCACACCAGUAAUGUUUUCAAGGCAUGUUUUUAAAACAUACACUGCACUUAUCUUUAUCUUCAGUUGAUUAUAUCUAAGAUUAUGGCUGUGAGUCAGUUAUAAUUAUUGUGUUAGUUAUGUAAAGCUAAAAUCAUCACUCAAAUAAUCACUCAUUUAUCCUAUUAACUUUAGCACUGCUUCAGUGUUACAUUUCUAACACUCUGAGUGUGGAUUAUAUAAACAGAGGCCUGGUUUCACAGACUGGGUUUAGAUUAAGUCUGACGGUACCACUUUUAGCAUAGCUUAGUGUAGCCCUCUCACCAAUAAAUAUGGCUCAAAAAUAUGAGAAUUAUAUCUAGGGGAACUUCUAAAUUAACAAUAACCUGGUGAGAAGCACAUUUCUAAAUUUACUCAGUUUACAUAAAAAAACCCAGAUCUUCAGAUAUCACUUAUAAGUGUUAGUUUAGUGUUUUGUAAUAAAACAGUGGAAGUAGAAAAACAAACA